AACAUAAGCUUACCCGGUUCCGUAGAAUAAGAAAGAGAUGAGGCUUGCUCUCGCUUCCUCCUCUGAUGGCGGCGAUGGCGACGGCAUCAGUACUUCUUCGGUGUUCUCGCUUUCUGCGUGCUUGCUCGGCUGCCAAACCCUUCCCCAAUGCCUUCGUGAUUAGUUCUGCUUCUCUUCGUGCGAGAAGAGGUAUAUGUCGCAUUUCCGCAUCGUUAGAUGAAGAGGCUUCUGCUAAAGCAGCGGCUGCCACUGUGGAUGCCGGAGGUCUGACCAUAUUUGAUAAGAUUAUAUCGAAAGAAAUCCCUUCCAGCAUUGUAUAUGAGGAUGAGAAAGUGUUAGCUUUCCGUGAUAUCAACCCACAGGCACCUGUCCAUGUUCUUGUCAUUCCAAAGCUGAGGGAUGGAUUGACACAACUUGGGAAGGCUAUACCAGGACAUGCUGAGAUUUUGGGCCAUCUCCUUUAUGUAGCAAGAUUAGUAGCAGAGAAAGAAGGCAUAUUGGAUGGUUUUCGUGUUGUUAUCAACAAUGGUCCUGGUGCAUGUCAAUCUGUUUAUCAUCUUCAUCUGCACGUUCUUGGUGGCCGGCAGAUGAAAUGGCCUCCGGGUUAAUGGGAAAAGUGCAAUUGUCUAAGUUCUGAGCUAUCGGAGAUUAAAUGCUUGUAAAUGAUUUUGUUACUCAUAUCAGAUAUGAAUGUUUCAUUAGGCAUAAUUGUCAUCUUAUGGAGGGGUAUUGCUGCUGUAGUUGCAAUUAUUCUUCGAAA